CUCUCAGCCUCUGUCGGCUCUGUUGCUGGAUGACAAGUGGCGUCUACUCGUUUGUGGAUCAACUCGUUUUUGCGAUCGAACCAGGAGUUUUGCCCCCUUUCCCCCCCUCACCCCUCAGGUGCGCUCCGUUCUUGCGCGGAGGAAUCGGGGGAUCUCAUCAUGGGGUCAACAUCACCAUCACCUUCAUCAUCAUCAGCAGAAGCAGCCCUACAGUUUACUUUCUUCUCCGCAGCGCCGGAUCACGAGGAGAGCGCACUAAAAUAAGAUAAAUGAAAAAAAUAAAUAAGAAAGACAGAAAGAGAUUUUAAGCACAGGAAACUUUUUUAUUUAAAAAAAUACACAUUAUUUAUCCUGUAGAUUGUGGAAUGGGGAUCCCAACUUUCCUGCUGUCGAGUCUUGCCGUGUUGAUCGUCGGAGGCGACAUUUUCACCAGGGCCAUGCUGAGUGACAUUGGGGACUAUGUAGGUACAGACAUUGAAAUAUCCUGGUUACCUAAUCUGGAUGAUUUAAUGAAGGGCUAUGCCAGAAAUUUUCGCCCUGGGAUAGGAGGUCCACCAGUGAAUGUGGCCAUGGCCAUUGAAGUUGCCAGUAUUGAUCACAUCUCUGAAGCCAACAUGGAAUACACCAUGACGGUGUUUUUGCGGCAGAGCUGGCACGAUGACCGUCUGUCCUACAAUCACACCAACAAGACUCUGGGGCUGGACAGUCGGUUUGUGGACAAGCUGUGGCUUCCUGACACCUUCAUCGUAAAUGCCAAAUCUGCUUGGUUUCACGAUGUGACCGUGGAGAACAAGCUGAUUCGCCUGCAGCCCAACGGAGUCAUUCUAUAUAGCAGCCGAAUCACUUCAACGGUGGCGUGUGACAUGGAUCUCACCAAAUACCCCAUGGAUGAACAGGAGUGUAUGCUGGACUUGGAAAGCUAUGGUUACUCCUCAGAGGAUAUUGUGUAUCACUGGUCUGACAGUCAGAGGCACAUCCAUGGACUUGACAAACUGGAGCUCUCCCAGUUCACCAUCACAGACUAUCGCUUUGUGACCGAGAUGCUGAACUUCAAAUCAGCGGGACGAUUUCCAAGGCUCAGUCUUCGCUUCCAGCUGAGACGUAACAGAGGCGUCUACAUCAUCCAGUCAUACAUGCCUUCAAUACUGCUGGUUGCCAUGUCUUGGGUGUCCUUUUGGAUCAGCCAAUCAGCUGUCCCAGCUCGUGUAACCUUAGGGAUCACAACUGUUCUCACCAUGACCACCCUGAUGGUGAGCGCCCGCUCUUCCCUGCCACGAGCGUCAGCCAUCAAGGCGUUGGAUGUCUACUUCUGGAUAUGUUAUGUGUUUGUUUUCGCUGCCCUCAUCGAGUACGCUUUCGCUCACUACAACGCUGACUACCGACUCAAAGAGAAGGCCAAGGUGAAGGCCAACAAGCUCAGCUCUGAGUCUAUUGUGAAGAACGGGAAGCAGGCUAUGGUUCUUUUUUCCCUGUCGGUCACUGGCAUGAACCAGGGUGUGGUCAUUUCCAGCCGACAUGGCCGUACACAGCGCUCCGGCAGUGAAAUCCCAGGGGAGGGCGGCGUGGAGGAACCCGAGCCGAGGAGGAGAAGAUCCAGGCCGGCAGAGGAGACCAAGGAAGACAAGAAGUGCUGUUCAAAGUGCGUCUGCAAGCCCAUUGAUGCAGACACCAUCGACAUCUAUGCCAGAGCUGUCUUCCCUUUCACUUUUGCUGUGGUGAACGUGAUCUACUGGGUGGCGUACACCAUGUGAGAAGGAGGCAGAGCUGUACAUAAGAAACUGCUGGAGUUGUGCCACUUUAAUACUGGCAGACUGGUGCAGCUCAACUGCACUGCAAGCUUUAGCAGGAAUAAAUUUCAGAGAAACUGAAGCAUAUAACAGCCUGUGAAUAUGGAAAUUAAUGGGAGUAGUUAUGAGUUUUAAAAAGUGUUAAGAGGACUUGAAUAUAUUCUAAAUAAAGAUAGAGUUGUAUAAAGGUAAAGGACUGUGCUGCCUGUUGGACGUUCAGAUACACAGGGGAUACUGUUUAAUCAAGAUUUUAACAAACUAUAUGAACAAGACAGCGCUUCACUCCAACCAUAAUCAUAGUUAACUAAGCUCUUGUCUGUGAGCUGCCUAUCUCACAAAGCAAAGCACCUCCCAGGCAAGAGGAUGAUGAGAUGAGGUGUACUGCUAUUCUGCAUGGCUGAUAACUCAUUCACCAUCUCCCCCACCAUCACUACCCCCUUUUUCUAUCUCCUUUGGUCUUCCACCCCCUUUUUUUUUUGGUUCAUUUUCACAUUUAGGAUACCAUCUGGAGUGUCUUAUCUUCUUUUGCCAGCUCUGCCUGUUUCCUUGUCAUUAAAAAAAACUUCCUCCACUACCUGUAUGUGUGUAUCUGUGUGUACUACUCUUUUUCACUUCAGCAUUAAAUCCACGGUUGUUCAUUGUGAUUAAAAAAAUAAAAUAAAAAAAUAAAAAAAAUGAAGUGAAAUCC